CUAUUCGUCAAGGUGCUUGUCAAGGAGCUGUCGAGGUUGCAAUACCUGGAGCGGCUGGGGUUGACAUUCCCGAGGUCCAUCCUCGUGGAACAUCAACCCGGGGUCCCGGGGACUGACACGGAUCUGCCCGCUGUCGAACACUAUGUUCGGCAGUGGAACAAGCAGAUCUUCGCCACGAUCCCUGCCCUUCAGCAGGUGGCCUUCAUUCAUGGAGACAUUGUGUUGAGGGCAGUAAGGGGGGCGGAUGCCACCAUUCGUUUCUCUAUCGAGACCGAUUUGGAUCGGCAUGCGUUUCCCUUUGGGAUUCUCUACUGA